UUUAAUGUCGAACAAUGUGGAGUCAGGCAUCCUGCACGCUGGACAACAGUGAAACGGAGAGAAAGAAAUGGUGGCGUUAUCUUAAUUUUGUUAAAAAUUUGUAGUUUUUCAACGUUUAGGAAUAUUUGAACGAUUUUUAUUCAUUUGUACAUUAACGAAUCGUAGUUUCUGUGUCACAUUUACAAUAAUCUUCGCUGGGUCGAAGAAGUGUGGAAAUAAAUCUCACAGAUAGCAUAACCUAACAAUUUUGUGUUCAAUCGUGAAUCGUAAGAAUGGCAAUGAACGAAGAUUUCAAUUUUGCUGAAUUGUGCAGAUUAUGUUCGCUGAAGAGUAAUCAUCAACUUCAAAUUUUCGAUAAAGAAGGCGAACAAAGACAAUUGCUAUUUAAAAUACGUUCCUGCAUUCCUGCUGUGAUAACGAAAGAGGAUGCUUUGCCCAAAAAUAUUUGCCAGAGAUGCGUGUACAAACUGGAUAUGUUUUACGAGUUUCGAGUGAGCUGUAUGACGACGGACACAGUGUUAAAAAAUUAUGCGGAUAGUUUGAAACAUCUCGCUGCAUCGGUAAGCCAGGGCACGGACAAGGACAAGAUGUCUAAUGGUAGCCAGCAGCAACAGCGAUCCGCUUAUGUGGAAGCGCACGCAGUGGCUCAUGCCGCUGUACAGCAACACAUGGCACAACAAGCUGCACAAGCGAGACUCGCUGGACCCGGCCCACCUGCGACACCUCAAACACCUAAUCCGACCUUCACUUUACCUGACGAUGGCCUAGGCUACGACGAUGGUGUACGCGUUCUUCGCUCCAUUGGAACAUGGUCCCCAGAUUACUCGGCAGCGAUGCGCCCUGGUGGCGUGAUGCCCCCGUUUCCUGGCGCGAUGGAUCAGCAGUUUGGGAGCAGGGGUCCCACGGUAAAUCAGCCGUUGAGAACUACGAACAAUGUAACUUCUCGUCCGGGAUUUGCGUCAAAGGCUACCAAUACGGGUGAACCGGCGACAAAGGCGUUCGCAUGCACCGUUUGCGGCAAAGGUCUUGCCCGUAAGGACAAACUCGUCAUUCAUAUGCGUAUUCAUACCGGGGAGAAGCCAUAUUCUUGCGAAGUUUGCGGCAAAGCGUUUGCUCGUAGAGAUAAGCUAGUUAUUCACAUGAACAAGUUGAGACACAGACCGGGAGUGGCGCCACUUUCUACGCCCUCAGCGCCUAAUUCGGAUCAGCAGCAACAGCAGCAGCAGCAGCAAGCUCAACAGCAGCAAGCACAACAAUCGCAGCAGCAACAACAAUCUCGGCAAGACACUAUACAUAAAUUGAAAGAGGAGCCGGUUAGUUGGGCGUGUGAAUUGUGCGGUCGAGCAUUAGCUACGAGAGAGGAAUGGAUGCAGCAUGCACGUUCUCAUUUAGAAGCAUCGGCUCCACCACAACACGCAGCGCCAUAUUUUCCAGGAUCCGCGGCUCCUCCGCAGCCAUAUGCGUCUGAAAGGCAUUUUUGCCUUAUGUGUCGUACCGAUUUUACAGACAAGGCUGAAUUUAUGUUCCAUGUUCGUUCUCAUUUCGAACCUCAUGCGCAGCAAACACCGUCUCAGCAUUCGAGUGGUAAACAAGGAGGUGAUCCAGCAACGGCUGAAUUGAUUGCGCGUGGACUGGUCGAUCCUUCGGGAUUAUGCAGCUAGAAUUAUCCCUCCUAUUAUUAUGCGCCAUCGAUUCGUGUCUUACCAUAGUACAAGUUCUCUACUCCAUUUUGACCAGAACUUUUGCAUAGGAUGUCAUGCGUAUUGUGAUUGUAAUGAAUAUAUACUGAUUUAUUAGCAGAGAGAUACACAGUAGUAUAGUUGUGUAUAAAAUAUUAAUACAGAUCUUUGUAUUAUAGAUACACACGGUUUAUUGCUUGUUUCAUGUUGCAAAGAAGAAUAAAUAUAACGUUUAAAAAUU